UCUGCCCGAACAUCUCUUGCUCUGUCCCUCCACCCCUCCUCCUCCUGUUCCCGUCUCUCAUCCGUCUGCCCCUUUCUCUCCGCCUUCCUCUUCCAUCUCUCCGUCAGUCCAUCUGAUUGCCAGUCGGUCCCUGCUGACUCUGGCCUUGAUUCUGCAACAGGAUCCUUUUUGCUGGGGAAGUGGCUCCGCAUACCCCUGCACACAAUGCCUCUGUGUAGUGUUGUGGUGGAUGUUGCUGUCCAGGAUUAUGUGGCUGACGUGGCCUCCGAACUCAUCUACCAGAACAAGAGUCAGAUCUCCACAGAAAUCCUCUUCGUCUUCCCCCUGAGCCCCCACAUCACCAUCUACUCCUUCCAGGCCCGCAGUGAGGAUGCCAAGGUCCAGGCCAUGCUGCGGGAUGAGGCCCAGCAGCUGCACAAGGCUACGGGGGGCUGGGAGAAUCUGGAAUACCUUCAGGAUCAGUCUGAGUACGCUGGCGAGGUGUUUGCCUGCUUCCUGGGCACCCUGUCCCCUGGCAGGGAGGUGGUUGUGACCUUGCGCUAUGUCCAAGAACUGCCACGGGAGCCAGAUGGAGCAGCCCAUUUUGUGCUGCCACCCACACUGCAUCCCUACACAAAACUCUACGCCUCGAAUUGUCUCACUAGCAAGCUGCCCUACAGCCUGCUGCUCACCGCCAGCCUGCAGUCACCCCGUGGAGUGGCCAAUGUCCAGGCCAACUUUACCCUCACCCCUCUGAUCUACACUGCCCAGGACCGCAGCGCUGCACAGGUCUCACUGGCUGGCAGCCCCCCAAGGCAUCAUGAUUUGGAGCUGCUGGUGUAUUUUGGAGACCCCACUGCAGUCAGUGCUGUGGUGGAGAAGGGAGACCCUGAGGCCCCUCCAGGCUCCCUGCUUGGUGACCCCAUGGUGCUGGUGACACUGGCACCCAGCAUCCCUGAAGCAGUGCCUGGGCAGCGCCAGUCCGGAGAGUUCAUCUUCCUCCUGGACACCACUUUUCUUGGGCAUGGACAGGACUCCCUGCUCUUCCUUCUCAAAAGCCUGCCCCUAGGCUGCUACUUCAACAUCUACUGCUAUGGAGAAACCUCUGUGGGCAUCUAUCCGCAAAGUGUUGAAUACACUCAGGACAACCUGGCCGAGGCCAUGCGGCGCAUCCCCUCCACCGGCUCCAGUCUGGGUGACACCAAUCUGCUGGGAACCCUCCGCUCAAUCUACAAUACCCCCCGCCCCCACGGGCAUACACGCCAGCUCUUCAUCUUCAUGGCUGCGCUACCCCCUGACAAGGAAGCCAUUGCAGCUGAGGUCUGCCGUCACCGCAACAGUCACCGGUGUUUCUCCUUCUGCUUCUCUAAGGACAGCGCUGCCCUGGCUACAGCCCUGGCCAGGGAAACAGGAGGUGAAGCUACCUAUGUCUCCUCUGACAACAGUAUGACAGUCGUGGUGCUGCAGUGCCUGAAGCAGGCCCUCAAGCCAGCAGCUGAAGGAGUCUCUCUGAGCUGGGCCCUGCCCCAUGGCCUGGAGGUUGAGGUGCUGGGGGGCACCCCUCAGUUCAUCUUUCAGGGGCAACACAGCCUCCUCUACGCCCGGAUCCACGGACAGGCACAGGAUGCGACAGUGGCCAAGGGGGUCAUGACCUUGCAGUACAGCCUGGACGGCCAGGAUGUCACUCACACCAUUGAAUUCCCACUGUGCCCACAAGGAGAUGGCCGGCUGGCUGGGCAUCGUCUGGCCGCGAGAUGCUUGCUGAAGUGGUUGUUGCCAGAGGCUGCGAGUGGGUCAGGGGAUGAACCAAGGCAUCGCGCGGUUGAGAUCAGCCUCACUUCAGGGAUCAUCUGCCCCUUUACCAGCUAUGUGGGGGUUCGCACAUCACAGAGGGUCACCUGGUACCGAGGGCCCCUGGCACUGUUGCCACCCCGCCAGUCACUCAUGCCCUGCCAGAUCGUUGAGCUUCAUGGCUCCAGGAAAGUCUCUUCCUGCUAUCCCAUGAGCACCUGGGUCCCACCUGGCUGGCUGACAGCAGUGUGUGCAUCGUGGCUUGCCCUCCGUCAACUCACCCAUGCCAUUGCUGUCCUGCCCCAGCGGGGUGCUUGCCCAAAAGCACGUAAACCACCACCACCACCUAUUUCUUCUCUCAACUAUGUGGAUCCCAUGGAAUUUGUUUUGUGCUCUCCAGUUUUGGGGCUUUGGUCUACCAAAGCCAUUGCUGAGUGCCAGGAGCUGGUGGCAUUGCAGAAUGUAGAUGGCUCCUGGGCUCUCAGCUCAGGACUGGCCUCUGUGCUGGAAGUCGAUGAGGCCGAAAUCAAGGGAAAGAUGCCUGGUGAGGUCAUGGAGCCAAGCAUCUGGGCUACAGUGCUGGCCGUGACCUGGCUGCACAGACAUGACAAGUGUUACCAAGACCUCUGUGAGCUGCUGGAGGCCAAGGCUGUGACCUGGCUGUGCAGUCGAGCUGUGUCCCAGCUGGACAAGUGCCUGGAGGCAGCCAACACCCUCCUUGGGAGCAGCGUCAAGCUGAGUGUCUUCAGGCUCUGAGCUCAACACAUGCCUUGUGCUACAGACCGGCGGCACCUGCAGAGCUAAAAAAGGCCACAAAGUGUAGCCUAACCUCACCUACUGUGCUGGGAUACCACUGUUGCUACCAGCUGGGGUCUUACAUUACAGAUGAAUUCUCUUAUGUCUUAUAGUAGUCGGGCUGAACCUGUAUCAUGCUGAACUCCUCAAGAGAAAACCUCUAGUUCAGAGCCUCCAGUGUGCUUGGUUUGGGUGGAGGUGGGAGGGGGAAGGAAGCAUCACAUUCCCCAGUGGUUGCUCUUCCUAAAUUCGGCUUUGGCAAAAUGUCUACUGGCCUCCACAAAGAUGGCACUUAGGGACAUGGUUUAGUGGUGGAUUUGGUAGUGUUAGGUUAACAGUUGGACUCGAUGAUCUUAAGGGUCUUUUCCAGCCUAAGUGAUUCUGUCAUUCUAUGGUUUCUGUCUUGAUAAGAGAGUGCUGUGCACCCUAGAGAAGAUGAGUGUUUAGAGGUGUCAACAGCAGGCACAAUAGCAGUGGCUCCCAAUGAAGGACUCCUACUGCACCCCACUUGCUGACCUCUUUGUUUUACCCCAGAAGUCCAGGUUGUGUCGGGAACUCCCAUAUCUGCAUUGCCAUGUAAACCAAUCAUUCUGGAAGUAAAACUCUCAUCAACAGACCCAGACCAUCAUAAUGUCCAAGAGAACUCGUGGGGAGAGAUUGAUUUGAAAACUGUCAGCAUGUUGAAGGUGGAACUGAAGGAGCUUUUGAUUAGCAAACCAGUCAUGCAAUGUACUCCCUCCUGCCCCAGGGCCUUGAAUUCAUGGGUCUCAUUCCAUGUUGGCAAAGUCUCUGAUUCAUUUUCCAAUAAACAGUGUAUCUUCU